CCUCUCGCUUAGACACGUGCCUAGGUCAAGCCUUUCACGUGUUGCACUCGCUGCGUCUCAGACCGAUUGCUCGUUCCUUCUAUCGCUGGUAACGACAAUCAGCCCAUCGCUCAACCGCAUCACUCUCGCCCGGUCGCUCACUCGUUGACGAAGUUUCUGUUCAUCUCAGAAUCGUGAAAUAGGUAAGAACGGCCUCUCCGCAGACUACCGUCGAUUCGUUCCUGGGCUCCCCUGCUCCACGAUGCGCCACGCCCGUAUAAGCCACUGACGCAAUUACAGAGCCAUAAUGAAGUGGACUCCUCUGGCUUUCCUUGGCCUCGCGGCCACGGCGUACGCCGAUGGUGCCGCCGUCACCGGCAUUAUCAAGCCUGAUGGCAGUGCGCCCGCCGGCUGCAGCCCGUCGCGCGAUGGCAAGUUCCAGGUCACCGUUUACUCGCUGGGCAAGCGUAGCGUCAUCGAGAAGCGCAACACGUGCGACAGCGAGAAGACUCUUGUCAUGACGCUCCAGAAUGGUGUCCUCAAGGAUGCCAAGGACCGCACGGGCUACAUCGCCUCGAAUUACCAGUUUCAGUUCGAUGGCCCUCCUCAAGCUGGUGCCAUCUACACCGCUGGCUUCUCAGCUUGCAGCAACGGCUCUUUGGCGCUUGGCUCCUCCACCGUCUUCUACCGUUGCCUCUCCGGCAGCUUCUACAACCUUUACGACCGCCACUGGGCGGCUCAGUGCGAGCCCAUUGAGAUUGCCGUCCUGCCUUGCGACGGAAGCGCAGGUGGCAACCCUGGCAACAACAACCCUGGCAACGGUGGCCACACCACCGUCGGCACCAGCAUGCAGGCCACCACCAUCGUGACCGUCCUGUCCGACGGUCAGCCCCAGGUUGUUCCCACGACAAUCCCCAUCCCCAUGUGCCAGAUCGGCGACGGCCAAGUCCAAGUUCACACCACUCCUUGCGCCUCUGCUCCUGUCGUCACCCAAAUCUCGGACGGCCAGCCUCAGGGUCCUACCAACACUGUCGCUCCCCCGCCCCCCGUUUCUCAGAUCUCCGACGGACAGCCUCAGGUGCCCUCGAACGCUCCCCCACCCCCUCCCGUCUCUCAGAUCUCGGACGGCCAGCCCCAGGCUCCCACUCACACCGCCGCGCCGCCCCCCCCCGUGUCCCAGAUCUCCGAUGGCCAGCCCCAGGCUCCCACGAACACUGCUCAGCCGCCUCCCGUCACCCAGAUCUCGGACGGCCAGCCUCAGGCUCCCACGUCGAACGGCUCGGUCCGGCCGCCUCCGGCGACGACCAGCGCCGUCCCCGUUCCUACGGCCGCUGCCAACCUCGCUAGCGCGCCCGCCCUCCUUCUGGCUGCCUUUGGCGCUGCCCUGGCUCUCUAAGCGAGCGGGGAUAGAUGCGGUGUUAUCAGUAGAAAGACGCAUUACGCCAUGUUUUAUGGAAUAUCGGUGUAACAGCACGGUGUAAUUGGAUGUGCUCGUUGUCGAGCUUCGGUAAUGCAUGCAUGCAAUGAACUGAUGGAUGUAAUGAAUGGGACGGACGGAUAAGGUAUCAGGGAUGUAGUGAUAAUUUUGUCACAUAGUAUAGGUACUUAUGGCUCAUGGCCAACAUGAGAUUUAAAUUGGAACCAGAUGAAAAAUCUA